AUGUCUGCAGGGUCAAAAGGUCAGCCGUAUGCCGCUAAAGAAGAUCUAUCGUGCUCGUCUAAGACGUUAAGGUCUACAACAGGAAGUUCAUCAAAAGACACAAACCAUAUUAAUAACGGACAAAACAACAACACGCUUAACAAUGGGAGCGGAAGUGUAAACAAUAAGAACAGUAGUAGUAGCAGUAGUACCAGUAGUCGGUCGGCAACCAGUCCCAAGUCCCGAACGCACCAGCCUUUGGCCGACAACGAUAAACUGGAGAAAAAGGACAAUUUGAAAAGACGAAUUUCUUCCGAUCAGGAAGACAAGUCUUUGGACGGAUGUUCUUCACCAGAAAAAGAGACGAGCGAUAAAUCAGAUGUAGGGUCUGGCUCUGAGGACCCAGACGAUCACGUGCCUCACGUACUGGCUCCCGGUUACCAUGGUCCGAACCGCCGGUGCCUGUUGUGGGCAUGCAAGGCGUGCAAAAAGAAAACGGUUACUAUAGACCGUCGCAAGGCGGCCACUCUACGGGAGCGACGACGCCUGAGGAAGGUAAAUGAAGCUUUCGAGACAUUAAAGAGACGCACAUGUCCAAAUCCGAAUCAGCGGCUACCCAAAGUUGAGAUCUUACGCAACGCAAUUGAAUACAUUGAGAGUUUGGAAGAAAUGUUGCAUGGUAGUCGGAUGGGACGCACCGACUCGGCAGCUGACAUGUGUCCGGAUAAUGGGUCUACCAGUGGUGGGUCAGACUAUAUGAUUUUUACUUCCAUAUUCUUCUUCUUCUUCUUCUUCUUCUUCUUCUUCUUCUUCUUCUUCUUCUUCUUCUUCUUCUUCUUUUUUUGUGGCUUUCUUCAUAUCUAUCUCUCUACUUCAGUCUCUUCAUAUCUAUCUAUCUAUCUAUCUAUCUAUCUAUCUAUCUAUCUAUCUAUCUAUCUAUUUCAGUCUCUUCAUAUCUAUCUAUCUAUCUAUCUAUCUAUCUAUCUAUUUCAGUCUCUUCAUAUCUAUUUCAGUCUCUUCAUAUCUAUCUAUUUCAGUUUCUUCAUAUCUAUCUCUCUAUUUCAGUCUCUUCAUAUCUAUCUAUCUAUCUAUCUAUUUAUUUAUCUAUCUAUUUCAGUCUCUUCAUAUCUAUCUAUCUAUCUAUUUAUUUAUCUAUCUAUUUCAGUCUUUUCAUAUCUAUCUAUCUAUCUAUCUAUCUAUCUAUCUAUCUAUCUAUCUAUCCCUAUGCAAAAUGCAUACACAUACAUACUGUCAAAGAAAAGAGUGGGUGAGGGAGUGUUAUCUAUCUAUCUAUCUAUCUAUCUAUCUAUCUAUCUAUCUAUCUAUCUAUCUAUCUCUGCCUGUUCAUCAUCUAUCUCUACCUAUCUAACUAUCUAUCUGUCCCUGUUCACAUCUAUCUAUCUAUCUAUCUAUCUAUCUAUCUAUCUAUCUAUCUAUCUAUCUAUCUAUCACAUUCUAUUUAUAUCUCUAUCAGUCUGUUCAUAUCUUUCUCGGUGUUCAUAUUGA